CAGUCGGCGUCUGCAUGCGAUGUAAGAGGGCGCUUACAGUCAAGGAAGCCUGCGUGUAGCCGAAAAUCUAAGAAUACAACUGGAAGAAGCCAAGCAGUGCUCCUUUCUUAAUCAGGUUGCCCGCAUCCAUCAAUGUUGGCUGGCCUAUGCUGCUGCUGCCAAUGACUUGCCUUGUACUCCAAUCAGCAUAAUCUGCCUUGCUAAUGGAUACUGCUGACGAGCCUAGCAUGGCGUGCCAACAGGAUGUGACAAUUCCAUAACUGCGCAUUCAUUUGGGCCUGUGUGCUUUGGCCUGGAGCUGUAGUACCAAGCAUUCUUAACGGACCUUGAGGACAGAUUCAAUUCAGUGGGCACGUUUGUCUAGGCCAAGUAGUCGCAGGGGGCCCGACUCAUUUGGAAGGAAUCUCCAGAUGAAUAAAAGACUCCGCAAGAAACUUAAGCUGCUGCUGCUUCUCUGGCUUUUGCAUUGAUCAGCUGUAAAGACUGCCCUAAUGAGUCGGAAGCCAAAUUGAGGUAAAGAAAACCAAAAACAUGACUGAUGCAUCACCAGUGUAAAUGGUUGCAGGAUCGGAGUCAAUUGUCCAAGAAGAAGUGAUAGGCUACUUUGACCUGGACAACCCUGGAUUGCAGCUUGUCGGUGGCGACACUUUCUACCUCCCACCUGAAGCACUUAGAGAACAUGUCCUAAUGUCCGAAGAUGGCAAGGAAGGGCAACCUAUAAUUGUUGUAGUAGAAGAAGGCUCUCAAAACGUUGUUGUUCAGGCUUUUUCUAGAGAUUCUGAGGCAGUGGGAGAGGAGGCAGCCUUCACAAUGAAUCAACUGAAUAGUGCCAUCUCAGCUACACUUCCAGAGCAGUUUGCUGGUGUAGAAACAAUAACAACUACUGAAGGGCAACAGCUGCUAAUUCUGUCUGAAGAUGGUAGUGGGAAGCCUGCAGACACACUAGUUGAAGAUUCUGCUGCUGCUGCUUCUGAUACUGGGCCUUUGUGCCAUGACGGUUCGAAGGAUAAUUUACCUAGGCAGUGUGUUGCAUCACUUAGCAGCAUCCAGAAAGAGCUACAGCCAGGGUGUAAAGAGUUGUUGGAGGUAAAUGGCAGCAAUGAAGUAAAAGCAAUUCCUGAUAAUGUACAGGCUCCUGAAGAAAGGGCAGAAUGCAAAUAUGAAAGUGAAAGUAAGCCUCAUGCACCUGCACCAGUAGAUGUUCAAGAGUCCAAUAAGACUAGUGGCUCUUGUGUGUCAGUUGCCUUUGGCCAGGGCGACAAUUCAGAAUAUCAAGAAAAGCCAGUAUCACCUAGCAUGGAACCAGUGCAGGACACCAAACAAAAGAAGAAUGGAACAAUGGCCGUGGAUGUUGGUCAUCUAAGUGAUGGUCAUUCAAGCGACAUGAUUGUGCCACCUGCACAGGCCAUAAAACCUGGCACAGAGACCAAACUGAAUGCUUCUGAAGUGCCACUGGCACCAUCCAUUGCUGCUGAGAAGUUGGACACUGUUGACUCACGUAAUACAGACAAACAUACCAAGGAAUAUGCCAUGUGUGCUGUGCAGGACUUCAAAAGCACUGAGGCUGCAGGCAACACCCUUGCAUUUUCUGAACAUCAAGGUCAAGGUGCAAGUAUGGAUGUUGCUUGUUCACCUCAAACCUCAAGCCAGCACCUUAACGUGGACCCUGUAACACAACCAUCACUCAAAAAGAAAGUUGAUAAACCUUUCCCAAUGGUAGCUCAGCACAGUGACGACUCAUCAGGAAAAUCCCUCAAAGGAGGCCAAAGUACUAAAGUGUGCAACGAAAGAACCGGUCAAAGUGCCAGCAUUAAACUGCAAAAUGGAUCUGAAAGUACAGCAUGUCUACCUUUACCUUUGAGUCAAAGCAUUAGACACAGCAAUGAUUGUUCUGCUGUGACUGGUCCACAGCAAAAAAGCAUGGAGCCAGAGCCCAGCAAGCACUCUGUUACGUUAAGGGCUGGUGCAGCAACAGCUCUUGCCAAAAGCAAGGUGGGGCAGCCACCUCAGUGUGAAACUACAGGGAGGGCUUCAAACAGAAAUACUUUGGGUUUGAGCCCAGAGCCCUGCCCCACACCUUCAUCUUCCAAUUUAGAAGCUAGUAGCCCAUCCCCUCACCACAAACAACAAAGCUUGGUGGAGAAGGAAGGCACGGCAUGUACACAUGACACUGCUGUGAAUGAGGAAAGUGUGUCUUCUCCAGUCACCACAAGUGUAGAAAAAAACCUAGAGUGUGAAGACAAGCAUGCAGACUUCAACAUUGAACCUUUGCCUUCUGCUUCAGAGGAACUGUCUCAAGCGAGUCGUAGUGUUGGUGCAUACAAUUCUGAUAAACUUGGUGAAAAAAAUACAUCAGAUGAAAAGGAUUGUGCCAAUGAAGAACAGGCAGAAAUCCUUGAUAAAAGCAUGACAGAAGAACCAGGAAAAAAAUUGCUAAUUGAUGAAACAUUAAAAGUUCAACCAGCUACCGGUAGUUUAAGUAAAAACAUAAAUACUGACAUUGAGCAAGAAAAAUGUCAGUCAAUUGAGAAAGAUAACCCAGUAACACAACUUUGUGAUGUUAUAAAUGAAUGCUCUGAGUUACCACAGGAUUUUCAGACAAAAUCCAAUCAAAAAGAGAAGGCAUUCCAUUCGGGUGAAAUGAAAGUAUUGCAUGAAAUACCAAAGAAACAAAAUAAAAAACGGGCAUUGAAUCCUGUGGCAACUAGUCGUGUGGAAAGCAAGUUGCAGGGCUCUCCAAAUAAUGAUGGUCAUAAAGUUCCAGUCCAUUCACAAGCAUCGUCAAAACUGGACACCGAUGAAAACAAGUUGCAAGAAGAAACUUUUCAUAACAAUGAUGCACUUCCUUGUGAACCUGCCGGUAGCAACGUAAACGUGCACGAUACUGAAUGUCAACGUGAUAAGAAAGUGUUUGAGCAUUUUGCGCCACAUGAUGACAAUGGAGGACUUCAAGAGUUACACAACGACGAACAUCAAGAGAUGGGUGCAUGUGAAAGGACUGCAGUGAAAGCCACAAACCAAAACAUUCAAGAACAAGAGGAAGCAGGCCAAACUUGGGUCACAGAUGAGGACAGUCCAAGCGUGCCAGAGGCUUUGACUUCUUGUGUACAAAAUGUGCUAUGUUUGCCAAAAGCUAAAGGUUCAAACUCUGGAGGAGCAAGAAGUACUAUAGGGUCCGGUGAUAAACUUCUUGCUGCACUUGACCUAGUUCCCCGUCAAGAAGCAUCACCACUUCCACCUGAUGACACAACAGAACCCUGUCCACCACCUGAAGAGCAAGAUGUGACAGUCAAAGAGCUGUGCACAGUACCUAAAAAUUGUGAUGAAGCAGACAGAGAAACAGAACCAAAAGAAGGAUUCUCAGAUGGGCAAGAAGACGAUUCUCCAAGUAAAAGGCGUUGGAGUCUUCGUACACCAACAAAACCAAGAAAGAGAGUCAUUAUCCCAGACAGUGAUGAUGAAGAUUUUGAGGCCUAUGCAAGUGAAAACGUUCCAACUGUAGCACAAAAGAGCAAGUCGGAGCAGGCAUUUGAUGAUCUUUUGGAUUUCUUCAAGAAAGAGCAAGCUGAGAAGGCUGCCGUAAAAACUGCACCAACAAGAAAGAGAAAUGCAAGAAAAGCUGGGCUAGCAGCAUCCAAAAGUGCACCUGCCCGUUCAAGAUCAUCUGCUGCGAACAGUAUCCCAUUUGUAAAAGAAUCCACUGUGAAGACAGAUAAGGUGAAAGAUGUAGUAAAGCCCACAGCAAGGAAAAGCCAGCCGGUGAGCACACUUUGCACAACCAGCCGAGCUGCUGUCGUGAAGCAAGCUCGAAAGCGACGCUCAGAGCCAGUAAAGGUUGCGGCUCCUAAAAAAAGUUUAGGUGACGGUGUCAGUAGCCGGGUUCCCUCUAUAAGUGAUACAUUUGCUGGAGACAUCAGAAUUCGCUGCCAGAAACCAGGUUCCUCAUUGGAUAAGAUGGCAUCACGGUAUCAUUGUUCCAAAUGUGGCUUUCGCUCAUCUCGAAUGGAGAAUAUUGUGAGGCACCAUAAGCAGGACUGCCCAUACUCUAAACAAAUUUCUGCUUGAGAUUCCAAGUCCCUAAAAAGUACAAACAGUACUCACACAUGAGCCUGCUAUCACAGUCAUGUACACAUGUGACUGCUGCAGACCCAGUUCAUUCAUAUUUCAUUUUUGUCAUCACUGACGUCAUUGUUUAUAAGAGGGGGAAAAAAAAUGGCACGUUAAAAGCACAAAGUCAACCAUGUGUAUAGCAUAAUUUUAUAGCAAAUUGUGACCAUCUGGAUCUGAAUAAAACGUCAGUUUCUCAUUUA